AGUUGUACAAAUCUCUUAAAACCGUUAGAAACCGCAACCGCCCGCAUCCACAAACUCCCGCAACCACAACUGCAACCGCUGCGUUUGAACCAGUCAGACCCUUUAAAUACGUUAAUGCUAAAAUGACCACGAUACUCCUUCUAACUCUUCCUAACUUCCAACAUAUGCGGAUCUAAUGCAAUGUAAACGUGUGUGAUCAAUAAUUCAAGUGCACUAGGAGUGACUCCACCAGCUGAGAACACUUUGAGAUCUUAAAUGAACGUAUACCAUUAGUCCAGCAUAUGCAGCCCACUUGUUACACAAAUCAGCAACUGUAAGCAUACUUCAUAAACAAACAAAAAAGAGUAAAUCAAUAUGAUCAUAAUUUAAACAAACCAAUCCAUUUCCAAGCAACUCAAUGUUCAUACUACUCAAGUCUCAGUAAAAACAGAUGGAACGCCAGGUUUAUCUAAUACAAGACGUUUGAACAUUGUCCAUGUAUGAUGAUGUGUAUCGUUGAUGUCAUCAGUUGUGCGCCAACUGUUUCCAACUUCUUUUGCCGGUAAGGCAGGAUCAUCAACGCCCUUGCAGACACGAGAACAUGGUAAAUAAGAGGUAUUAACUUUACUCGUCCUGUGUGAAGACAUUUUGAGGUAUGUACCACUCACAAAGUGAGUAGAAGAUUGAGCGAGACCAGUAGCGUAUAGAGCAUCACACAUUGGAGGGUAUCUGGAAAACAUGAACUGGAACAAGUUUUUUUCUUUGAAAACGUAUACCAAAUAGAGUUCUGAUAUAUGGUACCAAAUCAAAUUAUAAAGAUCAAAUUUUUCCAUGGGAUAAGGGAUUUAUACCUAGGUUGAAACAAUUAUCAUAUUUCAGAUAUUAAAACAGUUAUGAUCUUUGUUUGUAAAACGAGGGAUGCAAGAUAUUCACUUUAAAAAUACUUACGACAAAGGAAAAAAAAAUGGGAACGUUAAACGUUAUUAAAUAUUAACUUUGACAAACAAAUUCGACAAAAGAAAAUAAACAUCAAAUAUUAUUACUAAAUGACCGUUUACAUUUUACAUCUGGCUAUAGUAAAAACAAAUUGAAAUACGCAUGAAAAAGGAAAAUAGAGAAACUAACCGUUGAAUUUUUACAGCUGUAUCUAGUAAAAAGGAAAAUAUGUGAAAAAUACGGAAAAGAAAAAAGGAAAUUUCACAAACCUAUAUAACACGAUCCAACACUAUACGCGUCCGCAUAAAACUUUCUCUAAUCAUCAUCUUCUUCUUCUCUCUGUUUCUUUUGUGUUAUUUUCUCUAAACCCUAAAAGCGAUCUUUUGAGAUGAAAACUCUUGCGCCAUUUUCAAGUCACCGUCUCCGUCAACGAAUCUCCACCGUCUAUCCCGCGAUAACGUUCCUAUCACCACCUUCCUCUUCGAUGAUCAAGUCUCGGUCGGAAGAAAACUUGAGCAAGCUCAACGACUGCAUGGAGAACAUGGACGACGACGUGUCGGAGAUGUUCAUGGAAUGUCAUCAAACGGACUUCCGACAAGACCCCGAGCUGCUUCGUCUCCUCAGCGACUACUUCACCACGAGCAAAUCCGUCAGCGAGCUCUGCGAGUCUCUGAGGAAGUGUCUGGAGAGAGCACAACACGAGGAGUGCUUCGUGUUAGACGAGGCGUUGCGUGACUUUGAGGAGGAGAAAAACGGUUUGUUAGAAGCAAGCUUCAGAAAAACCUUCCGAGGUCUGAGUAAGUUGACCGACUUGUGUCGUGGUUGUAACUCCGACGACGACGGAGAGUGUGAUGUUUUCUCCGGGAAGCUUCAGGUCUGUCAUCGGGACUUAGCCGAGAUGAUCGUGAAGCUAGAGUCGACGAUGAAGGAGAUCGAGAGGAAGCUGAGACGCGUGCGUGGUAAAAGAGCGGUGGUCACGGCGGCGAUAAUCGCUCCGGUGAUCGCCCUAGUGACGGUGAGCAAAAUCGUCGCCGGAAUAUUCGGAUCCGUUCCGGUUGGGGAGGUGGCUACGUUCGCGGCUUCCAAGUGGAAGAAGUCGACGGCGACUCUGAAGCGGGAGAAGACGGCGGUGACGUCGAUGGAGAGGGCGACGAUGGUUGCUCUCAAGGAAGUGGAGAGGAUCAGUAGACUGGUGAGUAGGUUGGAGGCGGUGGAGAGGUCUAUUAGAGUAACGGCGGAUUUCGCCGUUAAGAAACGGUCCCCGGUGGCUGUAGCUAUGGGAGAGAUGGAGAGGGAAAGGAAGAGGUUGAAGUCAACGCUCGUUGACUUGGAUAGAGAGACCGGAAGGUGCGGUGGGUUUGUGGAGUUUGGACGUACGUUGGCUAAGGGCAAGAUCUUUGAGUUUCUGUCUUGUGGCGAGAAAAGCUCCAACUCCUAGUAGCUUGGUUUUGUUUUCUUAUAGUAUUCGAUUAUGUUCAUAGAUUUGUAUUCAAUCGGUAACAACUUUGUUGAAUUGUAAAUAUAUUUGCUUAUGGGCUUAGUUCACUUAAAUGCGAGAUAUGAAGAUGACAUCC